CAUUGUAUUCACAGAAGAUCUACUCAAGUGUGAUUCACUAUUAUAACCUUAUUUGUAUUCAGGUACACAUUUCAACAGAGGAUUAAUACUUUUGAUCAAAGUUAGGUGCACCUCUUUCGACAAAUAUUUUUAAUCAACGUGAGAAAAAAUUGCUACAGAUCUGCAUGCAGUUUGGACGCACUUGUUAUAGACUCAGAAUGUUGGUAGAUCUACUACGUCACAGCUUAUAGUUUGAGCUUGCAUGAACUCACUGUAGGCUAAUAACUUCUAAUACACAUUAGCUGAUCACAUUUUAAAGUUUUAUCGGACAUCAAGGGUAUAACGAGCUCGUGUUUGUAACUAGCCAGAAAUACGUUAUUUGUACCAAUGGCUGAGAAGAUUGAGGAAAAGAAAGCUCCAAGCUUUUCACAUAACCUAACAUGUCCACUAUGUCUUGGUAUCUUCGACGAGGCGACCAUCCUGACUUCAUGCGGACACACCUUCUGUCGGAAAUGUCUCAAGAACUAUGACCUGUCCCAUCAGGAACUUGAUCACAUGAUAUGUCCUCUCUGCAAGGAGGUCACUAAGUUGUCUGCGAACCGUGUCGAUGAUUUCCUCACCAAUGUAACGGUCAACGGACUCGUAGACGAUUACAACGCCAAGUGUGGAGGGGUGAAUGCUGCCCUAGAGGUGCGUCCAAAAUGCACCGCUUGCACAUUCCAUCAAGAUGCUGUCUCAUUCUGCAGAACAUGUAAUAAUUACAUGUGUGAUAAGUGUCUGGAUUGUCAUCAACAUCUUACAGUCGUCUUUAAGGGACAUGAGAUUGUAUCCAUGGAGGAUAUCAUCAAGGGGAAGGUCAGCAUUGGUCACCUAUAUGAGAAGUGCUGCAUCCACAAACAAGAGAACAAAGAUAUGUUUUGUGAGGAUUGUAAGGUCCACGUCUGUCACAAGUGCGUGAUAGUCAGUCAUCAAAAUCACAACAUCAAGAAUCAGGCUGACUUCGAGCAAGAGUUACGGCUAAAGGUGAACGAUCUUGUCCAGCGUUGUGCAAGUAAGAAAUCAGAACUGGAGAAGAACAUUCAGAAUGUGGAAGUACAACGAAAUAAAGUAUACACUGCCGUGCAGAAACUACUGGACGAUGUCAAUCAAGCCUACAGCAUCAAGGCCAAAGAGCUUGAAGAAAAUCUUCGAAAUCUCAUCGAGCAGAUCAAUGCAUUAAAGCAGAGUUUUGAUGACGAUCUCAACGUCUUGAAAUCCAACGAUCGACAAAGGAUCAAGAGUAUUUGCAGUUCAAUAACACUGGUAGCUAAUGACAGACUGGGUCGUCUCGAAACAGACAGUGUGUCUGCUCAUAACUUGCUCUGUGAGGAGCUGGAUGCCCUGCUCAAGGUGGCUACUGAUCACACUUCUGCGGCAACCAUUGCGAAGAAAGCACAGAAGAAGAGGUUCAAUCCUGCAGACGUUACUUGUCUUGAAAUCGGGAGCAUCUCAGAAUCAGCUCCUGAUCACACUUCUGCGGCAGCCAUUGCGAAGACAGCACAAGAGAAGAGGUUCAAGCCUGCAGACGUUACUUGUCUUGAAAUCGGGAGCAUCUCAAAAUCAGAUCCCAAGGUGCAAUUAAUGAAGUCUGUAAAUCUACGGGAACUGAUGUUUGGUAUGACCCCGUACUCUAAGGACAGUGUAGCUAUCGGAUAUAUGGAUGCAUGUGGUAUAGAUAUCAUCGAUUCAACUGGUUAUCAGGAACUGUAUGCAAACAUAACAAGUAACAUGAAGUGCGCUCAUCUUGUGUUUCAACAAGACGGGUCGGUAUGCAUAUCGACAGGUAACAACAAAGCACACGUAUAUGCUCCUAAUGGAACCAGGAAAUCAAUCAUACAUGUGAAAGGCAAGGAACUUUAUCUCAAACUAAGCAGAAGCCCAUCAGAUGAAAUCCUCAUCGCUAACGGUGGAAACCAAGUCUAUAUCUUAGACCCGACGGGAUCCACUCUCAAACACACUGUUCCAACAAAACACAAGACGGGCCAGGUAUCUGGCACCAGGUCGGGUUUGAUCGUCACGAGUUCAUGUAAUUUAACCAGUUCAAGCGUGGUGACGGUCUAUGACAGGAAUGGGAAUGCUGGUAAGUCUCUACAAUCUCCAAAUUGUGUCUACAUGUAUGCUACCGUGGAUGAGCAGGACAGAGUGUAUGUAGCGAGUGUUAUAGAUAUUGGGAAUAAUUAUUACAUGGUGAUCAGGCUCUACGACCUUGAUGGUCUGAACUUCAAGGAGAGAGUUAAGUUCGAUGCACUUAAACUGGAGACUGGUCAUAGUUGGCGUUACUUGGUUUCCCUCUCACCAGACGUGCUCGCGUUUGCUAAUGGCAAGAUGUUGUAUUUUAUCAAAGUAUCACCGUAA